AUCUUGGCUUGAAAGGCUAAUUCAUAUACGCAAAAAGUGGAGAUGAGUCUUUUUUUUUACUAUAAAAGCAAACACUUUCGUUGAUUAAAUUAUGUUAACAGUUUCUUCUUAAGAACUAUUAAUAGAAUUUAUUUUCCUACAUAGUAUCUACUGGUUUGUUUCCAAAGUUCCUAACAUAUUGGAGUCACUAAAUUUCGAAAGAGAGGAAGCAGCCAUGGUUACAAAGAUCAGUCUUGCGCUGUUAUUAUCUUUAAGUUGUCUUAGUAUGAGACUUGGACUAACACAUUCAGCUCCUGAAAACGCUCUAAUCAGUCAAGUUCCUGGCUUUUCAGGCACUCUUCCUUCUAAACACUAUUCUGGGUAUGUGACCAUUGACCAAGACCAUGAGAAGAAUCUGUUCUACUAUUUCGUUGAAUCAGAGAGAAAGCCAUCGGAGGAUCCUGUGGUUCUUUGGCUUAAUGGUGGACCAGGGUGCUCCAGCUUUGAUGGCUUCGUUUAUGAACAUGGUCCAUUUAAUUUUGAGGCAGCAAAAUCCGAUGGAAGCCUUCCCCAACUGCACCUUAAUCCAUACAGCUGGUCAAAGGUUUCCAAUAUUAUAUAUUUGGAUUCUCCUGCUGGUGUUGGGUUAUCUUACUCAAAAAACAGUAGCGACUAUAUAACUGGUGAUAAAAAGACUGCAUUGGAUAGCCACAUAUUUCUUCUCAAGUGGUUUGAACUCUAUCCGGAGUACCAAAAAAAUCCUUUCUUCAUUGCUGGAGAGUCAUAUGCUGGAGUUUAUGUGCCUACUCUUGCUUUUGAAGUAGUGAAAGGACUUGAUGCUGGUGCAACACCCAAGAUUAACUUAAAGGGUUAUCUGGUGGGAAAUGGAGUAACUGAUGAAGUGUUUGAUGGUAAUGCUUUGGUUCCAUUUGUCCAUGGAAUGGGACUGAUAUCAGAUGACCUGUUUCAGGAGGUAACAACCGAGUGUAAAGGGAACUUUUAUAAUCCUCUCAAUGAUAGUUGUGACAGCAAGCUUUCAAAAGUUGAUGAGGACAUAGAUGGAUUGAACAUAUACGACAUUCUUGAACCAUGUUAUCACGAACCAGAAUUAAGAGAGGUUACAGCUACUAAAUCUAAACUGCCAUCCAGCUUCAGACAGUUAGGUGAGACUGAAAGGCCUCUUGCUGUAAGAACGAGGAUGUUUGGUCGUGCGUGGCCCCUUAGAGCUCCUGUUAGAGAAGGAAGAGUCCCAACUUGGCCUGAGCUUCUUAAUAGCGGCAAUGUUCCAUGCACUAGUGAUGAGAUUGCAACGACAUGGUUGAACAACAAAACAGUCAGAGAAGCACUUCAUGUAGCACAGGAGAACUUGGUGGGUAGCUGGGAAUUGUGUACAAACAAAAUCUCAUUUGACCAUGAUGCUGGAAGCAUGAUUCCGUUCCACAAAAACCUCACCUCUAGGGGAUACCGAGCACUUAUCUUCAGUGGCGAUCAUGAUAUGUGUGUCCCAUACACUGGGAGUGAAGCUUGGACAAGAUCAGUGGGUUAUGAGGUUGUGGAUGAAUGGAGGCCUUGGCUCUCCAAUGAACAAAUCGCUGGAUAUACCCAGGGUUACGCAAAUGACCUCAUCUUUGCAACCGUAAAGGGAUCUGGACAUACUGUUCCUGAAUACAAGCCACGAGAGGCAUUGGAUCUAUACAGCCGUUUCUUGGCUGGACAGAAACUAUGAAAAAUCAAUGAGAAUAAUAUAGGAGAGAAAACGAAGAAAGACUGCUAUUCUUAUCAUUUAAAACGUUACCACGUGUAAGAAGUAAAGGGCUGGCUUGGCUAGUCUUUUGAUUGCUUUCUCUCAUAUCGUAAUAAAAUGCUAAUUGUACUGGAAUUUUCAUGUAUGAGAAUUUUACUAUUAGUCUUUGUUGAA